AUGGGUGUGCAGGAAAGCAAAGUCGUGAUAGAUACUCUUUGCAAAGCACACUCUGAAGCCCAGAACCAAGGCAAGGAUAACAUUGAGCUCGAGGUGAAGGGACCGCACCAGUUCCUCAACUCGCUAAAGAAGUUAUGGACCAAUGUUCCCGAAUCGACCCAAAGAUCCAUCAGGGGACUAUCACCCCAAAAGCGAAGCCGGAAGGUUCCAAAGCACACCUCUAAGGCAAUCAUCCAUCAUGUGGACCAAGAAAAAAUCGCUCUUUGGAAGGGAAGCCCUCUAUCAUUCUUCAAGGAGAAUCAGUCUGAGCUUGUCUUGACAGAAGAUCCUUGCACUGAAAUCACCAAUUAUAUGACGAAGUUGAAAGAUCGAAAAGGUUUAGACGAAGUGCGCUUUCGGCUCCUUCAAGUGAUCUAUUAUCGAUUCAAAGAGAGAUUGGGCGUCAAAAUAAUGCGUCGAGACGACGUGAAAUGCCUCACACAAAUAUUUUUUAAGUCUGGAUUGAGAGAUUCGAACGCUUCGGAUCGGGUGUCCGAUUGGGUGGACCAGGGGAACAGAAUCAAUAGUUUGUGUCUCGAAGUUGGAAGUACACAGCAAACUGGGUACCGUCAUCUCGCCAAUCUGUUCUUUUUCGACGAUAUUGCUGAUCGCACUAUCAAGCGAGUAUCGAUGGAAGAAAACGAAAAAAACACAGAACGGGGAGAACUUAUUCGGAGGAUCAGGCAACCCAGAGACCGAAUCGGCCAAGACGAGAGACAGCAGUUGGAAGAACUGACGGACAUGCUCAUUGGUGCGAUAUGGAAUCAUGUUGAAGGGGUGAUAUCGAGAUCUAACUUAGGCUGGAAACUGCGGCAAACCCAAUCUUUUCAAAUCCAAAGCACGGCUCAUCCAGAAGAACAAUCUGCGCAGCAAGCGAAUUUUGAUGCUACACUGAAUAACAUGCCUUCGGUCACCUAUCAUCAACCUUUCCAGCCCACGACAAAUGCGCCCAGGACGCCAAAUGAACACAGGAACGGAGCGCCAGCUGUUUCUUCGAACUCCCCUACCGGCAUCCCACCGCCCCCAUCCGAUACCUCUUUCAAUGCACCGCUGCCUAGUGAGCCUAGCCCACCGCCGGCAUUUGACUUCCAGUACCUUGAUUUGGGCAUGUGGGCUUUCAAUACAUCAAUCGGCAUGCCGCCGGUAUCCAAUGUGCCGUCCGAUAUGCCACCAACCUCCAUCAACGCACCGCCGCCUAGUGAACCUAGCCCACCACCAGCAAUAGACUUCCAGUGCCUUGAUUUGGACAUGUGGGCUUUCAAUACAUCAUCCGCCAUGCCGCCAGCAUCCAAUGUGCCGUCCGAUAUGCCGCCAACCUCCAUCAACGCGCCGCCGCCUAGUGAAACUACCCCACCGCCAGCGUUCGACUUCCAGUACCUUGAUUUGGGCAUGUGGGCUUUCACUGCUCCCUCUAAUCCGUCUCCCACUUCAUUUAACGCUCGAUCACCCCCCAAUCAGUAG